AUGGAUCAACGUCAGAAAACCCCAAGUAGACCAAGCGGCAUCCCUCGGUUAGCUGUCUCUAGACUGCCGCUGCCCACUUCCAGCACUUCCAAGUCGAUCAAACCGUCCCCCUCUCGUGAAAAGCUGCGCGCAGAUUCUGGUCUGGAUGUCGCUAGACUGCGGAGACCCUCCGAACAACCUGUUUUCAAGAAGCCUCUUCCAAGAUACUCAACACCAGUCAAGACACCCGAGCGAUCACAAGCGAGAAGAGACAUAUCCCAGAGCAGGUUCAGUGAUGAUGGACAAUCGGAAGAUGCUGGGGCUGCUUCGAACGAGAGCUCAACACUGGGGUUAGAAGCUACUGGACAGGAGACAGAGAUUCGUGGUCGCAUGAGGCCUUCACUAUCCGAACGAACAAUUGAGACCUUAGCUCAGAUUCCUCCAUCGCCUGCGACUCUGAGGAGACAAUCUAGCUUUUUCAAUGGCGCCAGCCCGGUCCGAUCACCGUCGCGACCGCCAUCUUCUAUGGCUUCAAGGUCGCCUUCGCGAGCAUCCUCCACUCGUCAGCCUAGCGGCAACGAUUUCUUGUCGCAACCAUUGCCGAGUGCACGACUUCCUUCGAGAUCGCGGAUCUCUCCUGUUCCAAGUUUGUCCUCAAGUGAUGUACCUACUAGCCAAAAGGUGGCAUUGGUUCGCGUCGACAGCCCGUCGAAACUGAAGAAACCUUCUUCAAGAACAAGUCUCUACGGAGGAAGUAAGAUCACGACAGUCACCUCCCCGAGCAUUCGUCCGGCUUUAGGCAAAGUAUCUGCAAAUUCUAAGUUCUCGGACAUGGGUCCACCACCUCCCCCUCUUCAGGUGAAGAAAACAAGGAAGUCAAUAGCAGCCAAUCCCAACCCUACAGUCAACCCGAGAAGGCCAUCAUCUCAACUAAAUGCGCCUGAUGAUACAGCAGAGCAACAGUUGGAGCUAGAAAUGAGAAAGGUCUCCCGCUCUUCCAACGCGCUGAGAGAAAGUAUCGCCAAAGCCAAAGCCGCACGGAAAGCCGCAGUAAGACAGAGCAGCGCCCAAAUCUCACCUGCUGAUGACUGGGAUAGUGUGGAGGAUCCUUUCAACCAAGUUCCCAAAGAUUCAAACAGUGGGCUGCUUCGAAAACGUGUAGAAGCAGGUCGCACCUCAGGUCAUCUAAAUAUUGCGGCGAUGUCUUUGCGAGAGAUACCGAAUGAAAUCAUGACCAUGUAUGAUUUCGAUCCUACCUCAACUACCGAGUGGUAUGAAAGUGUCGAUCUUGUGAAGUUUAUCGCAGCAGACAAUGAAUUUGUUGAGCUACCUGAUUCUGCCUUCCCUGACAUUGAUCCUCUGGACUUCGAUCCCGAUACUGAUGAAAAGGGCAACCAGUUCGGCGGACUCGAGAUUCUGGACCUCCAUGGCAAUCUGCUUCGUACCCUACCUAUGGGUCUCAGGAGAUUGCAGAGACUUCAGACCCUGAAUCUCUCCAACAACAAACUGAACAUGGAGCAGUUGCAGAUCGUGAUGCAGUUAGAGUCUCUCAGAGAGCUAAGGCUAGCGAACAAUCUCCUACAAGGUUCCUUCUCCUCAGACGUGGGCAGUCUCGCUCAAUUAGAACUCUUGGAUAUGCACGACAAUUCGCUUACCAGUCUCCCCGAAAGCCUUGGACAGUUGGCCUCUCUCAGGGUCUUGGACGUCGGUGGCAAUCAACUCACCUCUCUGCCUCUGGAAUCCCUCAGCAAGCUUUCCUUGAAAGUUCUUAGAGCGCCCAGGAACAAAUUAUCGGGGACACUCAUGCCGAUCUCAGUAAACAGACUUGACUCAUUGCAGGAACUGGAUGUCACUUGCAAUGCAUUGACGGCGAUAUCAGACCACGAUGAUUUGGAUUUACCGAGCUUGCAGACCUUGUCAAUCAGCGUGAAUCGCAUCCAGCGGUUGCCAAACGUCUCUUCAUGGCAAGAACUUUUGAUUUUGUCAGCUGAGGAUAAUAGUCUGUCGACAAUUCCCCAGGGAUUUGUCGAUCUGAAGAAUCUCAAAAAUGUGGACUUCACAGGAAACGAUAUCUCUAGGUUGGAUGAAAAAAUUGGUCUGAUGCAGGGCCUUUCCACCCUCCGAUUAGCAAACAAUCCACUGCGAGAGCGAAGAUUCUUGAAUAUGAAUACAGAAGACAUCAAGCGCGACCUGCGAAACCGGUGUGAACCCGAACCGCAAGACACAGAUGACGACGAAGGCUCUGUUGCGACACAGUUCACCCUUGCACCAGAGACGCCUGCCCAGUUGGCCUCGUGGCAGGUAAAACCAGGCGGAGUUCUUGAUAGAUCGUAUACAGAGCUGUCGGAAGUGGAUGUGAAGCACUUAGAGCGAACCAAUUUCGAUGAUAUACGGUGUCUCUACCUGCAACAUAACUCACUAUCUUGCAUCCCUGUCGCAGCACUCAGUAUGCUUGCACAUAAUUUGACCGACCUUGACCUCUCGAACAACCCGCUUGAUAGCCCGUUGCUUCUCUCAUCGUCCCUGGCGUUGCCGAAUCUCCAAAUCCUCAACCUCAGUGGAACAAAAUUGACAACCCUGGAGCCCAUAAUGGUUCAUUUAUCGGCGCCGUCUCUGACCAUUCUUGAUGUCUCGUACAACCGCCUUUCCGGACCCGUUCCAGCUGUGCGCCAAAAAUAUCCGAACCUGAUGACUUUCCUCGCAGCAGACAAUCGAUUUGAGUCCCUAGAAUUUGAGGCUGUGCAGGGGCUUCAGGUCCUGGACGUCGGCAACAAUAAUAUCAGUUCGCUUCCACCAAAGCUUGGCUUACUCCGAGCUGAGGGAUGCAGAGAAAAUUGGGGUACUGGAUCUCCGCUGAGAAGAUUUGAGGUGGCAGGCAACAGCUUUCGAGUUCCUCGGUGGCAGGUUGUGGCGAAAGGGACUGAUACCAUCCUUGAAUGGUUGAAGGACCGUAUUCGAAGCGAAGACCUUGCUGAAUGGGAGCCUGAGAUCAUAGAAGAUUAA